AUGUCCGAUCUUGAAGCCGAUGAAGAAGACCUUUUAGCUCUUGCCGGAGCUGGAAGCGAAUCUGAUAACGAGAGCGAUGAUUAUGAACCAGAGCUAGCCACCACGGAGAAGAGGUCAAAGUCACCGUCGGGGUCGUCCAAGCGAAUCAAGCUAAGUGACGAUGAUGAAGACGAAGAGAGCGAUGAAGAUCCCGAAGGGGACUUAUAUCCACUAGAAGGAAAGUACAAAAAUGAGCAGGAUAAAGCCGAGCUUUUGGCGAUGGAUGAAGUCACCAGAGAGUCUAUUUUGUUUGACAGAAUCCAGGAGGUUGAAAAAUUCGGCGAACGCAAGUAUCUUGCUCUGAGAGCAAAGCAGAAUCAGAUCGAGAAGAGCAGAAUAGAGUCUGACGGAACCAAGCAGGAUAAGCGACUGAAAACCAGCAAGCUGUCUGAGUUGAAGAAACAGAGAGAGAAGAAGUCGAGAAAGGAAAGACAAGGCAGAGAUGACUACGAGGAUGACGAAGAAGAAGAGGAUGAUGAAGAAGAGGAAGAAGAUCAGUAUGGACAAGAUGAAGACGAAUACGGCUAUGAUGACGACGAUGAAGUCAGUCAUCAGCGUGAUGAGUCCAGGAAGAUGAGGGAGCUGGUAAAGGAGAAUUUGAAAGAGGCUGGACUUACUGCCUUGAACACCGUCAGAAUAGGAAGGACUCAACUCUCUAGGUUUUCAUGGUACCCUCAGUUUGAAAGUGUUGUUUCUGGUGCGUAUGGCCGUGUUAAUGUGGGAGUUGUUAAGGGAAGAUCCCAGUACAGAAUGGUGAAGAUCGAGGGAGUAAAAAACGGAAAGGUAUAUUCGCUCCAAGGAAAAGCCAGCAAUGUAUACAUGGAGAUUUCACAGGGAAAAGAGACUAAAGCGAUGGCGAUGACCUAUUUUUCAGACUCUCCAAUCACACCCGAAGAGCUUCUUCGUUACAGAAGAAGAAUUGAAGAGUCACACUACAGCUGGCCCACCAUUGGUGAAGUUAAGGAGAAGUAUGAAGAGCUAAAGGAGAUGAGUUCCAAGCCUCUCACUGAUGACGCCAUUAACCAGAUGAUUGCCAAGAAAGCUUCGGUGCAUCCAUCUUCCAUAGAGAAAGAGGACAGAGUCCUGAAGAUGACCAACCUCAGAGAGAAGCUGGCCGUGGCGAUUGCUAACAACGACGCUGAGUUGUCCAGUGCUUUGACCAAAGAACUCAAGCAACUUGAUGGUACAUCUGAGGAACCUAUCCAGGAAUCCUCAGCCAUCUCCAAGGUAAACGACAGAAAUACCAAGCUGAAUAACGAAGGCAUCCGCAGAGCUGAGAUGUUGGCUGUUGAAAAGAGAAAGCAAGAUCUCCUGAACUCGGCCAAGACAGCAGAUCCUUUCAGUCGACUGAGAACUACCACCAGAAUCUACUACUCCAGUGAUGACUCAAAGACUCCUGCUUCAGUCGAGAAGCCAGAGGAUGGCACCGAAAGCGAAAUUAAGAUUCAUCUGGAGGAGAAGCAGCUGGAAAGCACUGACCACAAGGGCUUGGGGUUCGAUGAUCUUGUGAAGAGAAUCGAAUUUGACAUACCUAUUGAGAUUUAG